AUGACCAGAGAACAACCACCAGCUACUUUUUACGUCAAUGCCGCUUUGUUUGACUGUGACGGUACCUUAGUCAACUCGACUGGUGCCAUUUCUGAAUUCUGGAGAGAAUUUGGAAAGACCAGACCACACUUUGACCCAGAAGAAGUCAUUAGAACUUCUCACGGAUGUCGUACAUUUGACGUCAUCAAGAAAUGGUCACCAGAAGAUGCCAUUGAACAACAAGUUACUGAAUGGGAGGGUAACAUUCCUGACUCAUUUGGCCACCACGCCAAAGCCAUUCCGGGUGCUGUUGAGUUGGUCAAAUCAUUCGACAAAUUCUCCAAAGAAAACACUAACGAUGGUAGACAGAGGUGGGCUAUUGUUACCUCUGGUACUUUGCCAUUGGCCACCAAAUGGUUGAAAUUGUUGACAAUUGAGAAGCCAAACACAUUCAUCACUGCUGAGAAAGUCACCAAGGGUAAGCCACAUCCACAAGGAUACUUGAAUGCCAGAGAGAAUUUGGGUUUCGGUGCUAACCACGCCAAGGUUGUUGUUUUUGAAGAUGCUCCAGCCGGUAUUUCUGCAGGUAAGGAUGCCGGUGCCAUGGUUGUUGGUAUUUGCUCAACCUACGACCCAGAAAAGGUUAAGAAUUCAGGUGCCAACAUUGUUGUCAAGGAUUUGACCAGCUUCCGCAUUGAAUCAUACAACGAGGAAACUGAGGAGUUUAAAGUUGUUGUUGACGAAUAUUUCUAUGCUGAUCCAGAAUACAUAGAAGCCACUGCUUAA